AAAAUAAUGAUGAUGAUAAUAAUAAUAAUAAUAAUGGUUCAGCCCACAGAUCUUCUUUAGGGAUAUGCAACACAAUUAUCAAGAUUUAAGAACCAAAACUCAGCUCUAUAAAUGUACCAUAUUUCAACAAAGCUUCACAUACAAAUUUUAUAAAUAAAUAUUUUAUAGUGUAAACAUGGAGAAACUAAAGAGUUUUAGGCAUCUUAACAAUAAUAUAGAUUUGGUUCUAAAUGAGGAAAAUAGCAUAGAAUUGCUAAGAGCUCAAGGCCACAUAUGGAACCAAAUCUUCAACUUCAUCAACUCCAUGUCCUUAAAAUGUGCCAUUCAAUUGGGUAUUCCAGAUAUCAUCAACAACUAUGGAAAACCCAUGACGAUUUCUCAACUCAAACUUGCACUCCCCAUAAACCAAAAAAAAUCCUCUUGUGUCUAUCGCCUCAUGCGAAUUUUAACCCAUUCUAACUUUUUUGCUCUACAAAAAGUAGAAGGAAGAGAAGGAGAAGAAGAAGAAGGUUAUGUUAUAACUGACGCUUCCAAAUUGUUACUCAAGGACAAUCCUAUGAGUGUCACACCCUUUUUGUUAGCCAUGCUCGAUCCUGUGAUAACUAAGCCCUGGGAUUUUCUCAGCAACUGGUUCCAAAACGACGAUCCUACACCGUUUGACACGGCUAAUGGGAUGACGUUUUGGGAUUAUGGUAGCCAUCAACCAAAUCUAGCGAGAUUCUUCAACGAUGCCAUGGCUAGCGAUGCACGAUUGGUGACGAGUGUGGUGAUCGAAAAGUGUAGAUGGGUGUUUGAGGGAGUGGAGUCAUUAGUUGAUGUUGGCGGGGGGACCGGAACUGUGGCCACAACCAUUGCAACUAGUUUUCCCCAAAUUCAAUGCUCUGUUUUGGAUUUACCACAUGUUGUAGCUGAUUUACAAGGUGCAAAUAACCUAGUCAAUUUUAUUGGUGGAGACAUGUUUGUUGAAGUUCCUCCAACUGAAGUAGUUUUGUUGAAGUGGAUAUUACAUGAUUGGAAUGACGAAGAAAGUGUGAAAAUAUUAAAGAAAUGCAAAGAGGCCAUAACCAAGAAUAAUAAGAAAGGAGGGAAAGUGAUCAUAAUAGACAUGAAAGUCGAAAAUGAGAAAGAUGAAGACGACGAGUCAUAUGAAACUCAACUCUUUUUCGACAUGUUGAUGAUGGCGUUGGUCACUGGAAAAGAAAGGAAUGAAAAAGAAUGGGCUAAGCUUUUUAAAGAUGCAGGCUUUUCGGAUUAUAAGAUUACACCUAUUUUAGGUCUAAGAUCUCUUAUUGAGGUUUAUCCAUAAUUAAUUAAUUAUACUUAUAAUUAAGUAGUGUUAAUGGUUGUGUUGUUUGUGAGCUCUUUCUCUCUCUAUUAUUGGUAUGUUGUAAUAAGGAAACAUAAUUAACAUUAUGAGUAAUUAUGUAAGCCAAAAGAAUAAGAUAUAUUGAUGAGACUCAUGAAGUUUAAUAAUAAUGUGUUUAAAUUUUAAUUA